CUCAUAGGCAGAUGUGCUUGUCGUGCCAGCAGACUGAUUUAACCCUCUCCUCAGAAUAACUGAUGCACAGACAGCUGCCUUUCACUUCCUCUCCUUGACUCCCCUAACUAUUUCCCUCUUUCCUUUUCUCUCCACAGUAGCUCUAUUCAUUCUUUCUCCUCCUUUCCAUUCCUCUUUCUGAUUUUCCCUUGCAGUUUUCCCUGCUCAGACGGCUAUAAAGACUUGUCCUGUAGCAGAGCUUGUGUAAUCGCUGACUUCACAGGCAUGAGAACAGGAGCCCCUGCCUCAACACCGGCCCAAUAAGGAAUACCAAGCACUGGACUGAACACCACAGCGUUGGAGGGAAGGACAAAACACAAGACAUACAAAGAAAAACAGGCCACCUUUUCUAAACUCCAAGGAAGAAGGAUACAAUACAGAAUACAAGGAGUGGCGGCAGAAGAGACAAAACAGUGUGAGGAGUACAGGAAGAGUUCAGCGUUAGACCAUGCCUGGCUGUCAUGUCCGGAUACCGCUGGUGCUAUGCAUGCUGGUGCUGUCCUGUGGGUCAGGAGGCGCCCGGCGGAUCAGGAAGAGAGGGCUUAACCAAAAGGACUAUGAGUAUCCGAACCAGCAGUCCCAGUCCACCCAGCACCAAAAGAACGACCGCUGCCCACCCCCACCUCAGAUGCUGCCGGAGCGGGCCUGCGAGGUGCCCGGCUGCCGCUCUGACUCAGAGUGUGAGCGCCACAAACGCUGCUGUUACAACGGCUGCAUCUACGCCUGUCUGGAAUCAGUGCAGCCACCACCAGUGCUGGACUGGCUGGUUCAACCCAAGCCUCGGUGGCUGGGAGGGAAUGGCUGGCUUCUAGACGGUCCAGAGGAGGUACUGCAGGCGGAGGCAUGCAGCACCACAGAGGAUGGGGACGAGCCCCUUCACUGUCCCACCGGCUACGAGUGCCACAUCAUCAACCAAGGAAACCCCGCUGUUGGCAUCCCCAACAGAGGACAGUGCAUCAAGUCACGUGGUAACUCUGAUGGACGUCCCAUGAGGCAAAAGUCCUACAAGGACUAUAAGGAUUACUUGGGAACUGGAAGCAGCUCUAAUAAUGCUGUGGCCUAUGAGAAACACCAGCACAAACAUCUGGGAUGAGAGCAUCGGAUACCUCUCCACAGAACCUCAGCUAUCAGAGCCCAGAUACCAAACCUCUCAUCAACAGAACACAACCAAACCAGACCUGGUAACCUCACGGUGCGUUACAUCUCAUGUCUGGCCUGGGAAAAGGAUGAAAACAAGCCUACAUUUCCUACCUCUUCUCUAGCUGGUAUACUCAAUUUUGUUGUAAUAAUGGUCCAGGCAGGGUUAACCCACUACUUUGAGAGAUUUACACACACACACACAAAACGUGUUGUGAUUUAGUCAUGGGUUAGGAAUAAUGGCAUUAUGGUUGAAACAGAAAGGUAUAAGACACAGUAAACAUCGAAGCACUUUUCUUUCCAUCUCAAACUGGGAAAUAAAACAUGCCAUUAUUCUAUACACUAAGUAGAUCCACUGCAAAACACUCCACAACCAGACACACACCUGCCACCUAGGCAGACCAACGCUGAUCUUUCUCCCACUAAUAAGUAUUUUCACCAAUCAGAUCAGCUCUGAAAAAUAUCUGUGAAAAGAAAUGUGAUUGCUCAAAACUAGUGGAAAAAAUAUCAAAAUUGGGCUGCCUGUGUAAACCCAGCCAUUGAAUCCUAACCUGAGGCCCAUUGAGGGCUGGUCAAUAGGAAAUAAGAACCAUGUGCUGCUGUUGGCCCGCUCACCUUCAGGCGAGCAGGAUGAAGGUCCCAUAAACACACAGGAUUUAUGGCUAUCAGACUGAAACCCAGAAACCGAUCCAGAAACAGCUGGUGGUCAACCAGAACCACAAACAGACUCCAUACAUUCAUGUAAUAACUUCACAACAGCCCUCCACUCUACUGACAGCUUGAACAAAGCCUGUCUGUCUAUCAUAGUGGGAGAGCAAUCUAGGCCUUACACCAAUGAUCACAUCAUUUAUCAGAACAUCGGAGAGUUCAAACUAGCAAAAGUGAAUCAAAUUGAUCCUGUUCCAUACAGUAUUUUCACAAAAAUGUGCUUUAGUAUAAUAAAAAGUGAGUGUUUAGGAGUCCACGUCAAGUAUCCAUGUCUGUAUUUGAGUACUAUAUGAAAUGGUGCUCAGUUUCAAGGCUGCCUCUUCUAACAGGAGAAUAAGCUGGUCUACACACAAAGACUGAAUUCCACAAUUAAUAAGCUAGAGGUAUGAACAAGAUGUAACUCUGAGUGAAACAGUGAUAUCCAAAUGUUGUCAAACUGGUGCUGUAAUGUUGCUUUGUGUAUUCUAAAUAAACUUUGUUUGAGGUA